CGGUCAUUACCGGCUAUCUGAUACCCCCUGGCUUCAAGUUCUGCCCUAGCGCGGGUCUGGUUCCCUUGAGUCUAGAGCGUGGCGUUGGAAGGCAGGUGGUCCUGGGUGAACUUGGGACUGCUUUCCAUUCUUGAGGCUUCACCUAUCUCAUCUUCAUCGGGUGGCACCGGGGCGGUUCUCUGAAUGACCUCUGCAGGCUCUCUCUGUCAAUCACUGAGCAGCUCUAAGAUCUUGGAUAUGGAUCUUCUUCAGUUCCUGGCCUUCCUCUUUGUCCUGCUAUUGUCGGGGACAGGAGUCACAGGCACCCUGAAGCCCUCCCUGGACCCGAGCCUGGAGAUCUACAAGAAGAUGUUUGAGUUGAAACGGCGAGAACAGCUGUUGGCACUGAAAAACCUGGCACAGCUAAACGAUGUCCACCAGCAGUACAAGAUUCUUGAUGUCAUGCUCAAGGGGCUCUUUAAGGUGCUGGAGGACUCGCGGACAGUGCUCAUUGCUGCAGAUGUGCUCCCAGAUGGGCCCUUCCCCCAGGACGAGAAACUGAAGGAUGCUUUCUCCCAAGUAGUGGAGAACACGGCCUUCUUCGGUGAUGUGGUGCUGCGCUUCCCAAGGAUUGUGCACCACUACUUUGACCACAAUUCCAACUGGAACCUGCUCAUCCGCUGGGGCAUCAGCUUCUGCAACCAGUCAGGCGUGUUUGACCAGGGGCCCCACUCGCCCAUCCUUAGCCUGAUGGCCCAGGAGCUGGGGAUCAGCGAGAAAGACUCUGACUUCCAGAACCCAUUUAAAGUAGACCGCCCAGAGUUCAUUUCCAGUACUGACCCUUUCCAGAAGGCCCUGAGGGAGGAGGAGAAACGCAGGAAGAAAGAAGAGAAGCGGAAAGAGAUCCGAAAGGGCCCACGGAUCUCAAGAUCCCAGUCGGAGUUAUAGCCGGGAGCAGCCCAGGGCCCAAGGGGCCAGGAGGAGACCAGUCCAGAGGAAGAGGCGGAGGCAUCGACUGGUGGUGAGAGCUGCCCCCCCCCCCAACGGGGAGGUGGCAUUUGCUCAGCCCCUUGGAGCCGGCUCUGCGCCCUAACAGAAGUGGCUGGGCCACAGAGGGCUGGAUUUCCUUCCAGGGGCCUCCCUGGAGAGGGUGCCAAGGGGGCCUUCAGAGGGUGCCAUGCUGCAUAUCAUACCACGUUGAGAUGCUGGGGGAGGCUGGAAGGAUCCCGGGCUCUGAGCCACUCAUGGAAGUGCUGUGCCUGCUGCUGGCCCCACUGUGGCAGUGAGCUGCCCAGUGCAGGCCCCAGCCCCUGCAAAGACACAAUAAAAACCAGCAAACCCUCUGGGCUAACAAGCUAGUUUGGGCCCCAGGGAGCUGUGAGCCCUUUCCUGGAGCAGGGGCGGGCAAGGCAGUGAAGCAGGGGCUUGGCUUAGGUCUCCUAUUCCCUUCUCAGCACUCUCCUUCAUAAAGGAGUGUCCCGGGUAUUUAGCCAAAGACUUCAGAGCAACAUGAUCUCUGUCAUCAGAUACUGGGGACAGUCCAUGAACAGGCGCAGGGUAGAAUCAACAUGUCGUCUCUGGCAACCUUAGGAGCCCCUUGGCCUGUGGGUAGGGGAUGUCAGGCAACAGGCUCUAGCUCUGCAGGAGGCCGUGCUUUGUAAUGUCAGGGCUGCCCCAAGCUGGCUUGGUCAGAGAGCUCCCCAUAGCAGAGACCAGGGGCCACAGAGCAGGGCAGCUGCAGAGGGAAUUAGGCCCUGAACGGGCAGCUACCCUUUCAUCAUGUCCCUCCCAGGCAAAGGAGGAAGGGGCUCUGGUGGGAAUUCCAGUUCAGUCUCUUUGACCUUGCCAAGCUAGGUCUGCCUUUUAAAAGGGGAGAGACACAUGACCAUCCCAGAACCCUCCAGCCCCCCACACUGACAGAGUCCAAGAGAGAUGGGAGUCUUGUCUCAGCCCCUCAGACUUGCUGAGUGACCCUGGCCCAGCCCUUCCCUGUGCCGUGGCUUCAUUGGCAAAAUGAAUUUGAUAAUGUCUGAACCCUCUGCCCAGCCCUCAGCUGCUUCUCUGAGCCUGGGGCCCGCUUCUCAAUGGCAGAUGCUCUUCCCUGAUGGUUCUGCUAUCAUCCAUUAGGUUUGCUGAGCAUCCCUGUAUGCACAGCUAGAGAGGGGCCCAGUCGUAACCCAUCUUCACCUCUGGCCCAUCCGGCUCCCCUAUCCUCCUAGGCUCAUCCUUCUACACCCUCAGCCUCUCCGUCUUGGUUGAGUCCUUCCUCUCCAUCCUCAAAUGGGCCCAAGUUUUCCCAUCUGACACCUUCAAAGAAAGAAACAGAACUACUCUGCUCUCCCUCUGUCUCUCCUUCCCUUUGAUGCCAUUGUUGUAGUUACUAGUUCCUGGAACUCCACCUCAAGUCUUACCAGGCAGAGCCUUCCCACUUCCUCCUCAGAAACUGUAAAGGCCGGAGGGCACUUGUUUGUCCAGCUUCCGUGCAGCCAGGAUUCUGUCCUGUGAGCCAUGUGCCAUCAACCAGUUGUACCAGCCUGUUGUGCUGGUGGAGGUAAUGGGUUGUGCUGGUGGAGGUAGUGGCUGCUGGGACCAGAGGUAGCAGUGGGGCAGGGGAUGGGGUGGUUCUAGUGACCAGACUAGACUAACACCAGGGGUGCCCAGUGGUGGCAACAAUGAUGUCUUCAGUGGUGGUUUCAGCAUGGUCUUCGAUAUGGUUCCUGUCUGCUGAGCUUCCAAGUCCAAUCUCAGGCACCCCUGGAGAGUCUGGGAGCUCCCCUGUAUCCUCAGGCAGGGUUUUUCAAAACAGUGGCACUAUUUACAUUUAGGGCCAGAUAAUGCUUUGUUGUGUAUAUGAGGAUGGCUGUUCUGUGUGUUAUAGGACAUUAGCAGCAUUCUUCGCUUCUGCCUACCAGAUGCUCGUAGCAGUCUCUAGACAUUACUAAAUGACCCAGGGGCAAAAUCUCCCUGGUCCACAGCCCUUGUCCCUCCUUAUCCCAGCCUCACAUCUUCCUCCCCUAUCCUGUAACUGCCCCAGAGAGAUGUUGUUGGAAGCUCUUCGAGAUGAUCCUUCCAGGCUUCUGGGCUGCUAUGUUGUGCUGGUUCUCUACCCUCAGUCUGAAUCUGCUCUGUCUCUUCCUGAUUCCUUUCCUCUCCUGCCCCUUAAACAAAGCAUUUUUUUUAAAGAUUUUAUUUAUUCAGAGAGAGCACAAGAGCAUGAGCAGAGGGAGGGGCAAAGGGAGAAGCAGACUCCCUGCUAAGCAGGGAGCCUGGCCCAUGGUGGGCGGGUGGGGGGGGGAAUCCCUGGAUCCUGAGAAUCAAGACCUGAACCGAAGGCAGAUGGCAGAUGCUUAACUGACUGAGCCACCCAGGCGCCCCCUGAAGCGUUUUUUUUUUUUUUUAAAGCUUAGUCUCUCCUCUCUGCUCUUUUCUUCUUGGCAGCUGAACCUCUGAGACCCUGAAGCUGAUGGCUCCUGCCCUCUUGCCACUGAUAACCCUCAGUCCUUAUGUUUCAGCUUAUCCAAAAGCAAACUUGUUUCCCAUCCCCAAGCCUAAUCUCUGUGUCAACCAUGGGGUACACAUUCUUGCCUAAUCCUGGAGGAAGUGACAACUGAAUCCUGAAAGAUUGGAGAAGGUGGGAGAAGGUGACAGGCACUGUGAGCAGAGGCCUAAAAAGGGAGGCGACAAAGGUAGUAAAUGAAAAAGCAUAUUCAAAGUUCACUUCUCUGACCUGUGGUAAUUGCCCAAUCUGUGGUAGAUCUCUGGAUAUGUGGUUGUCUGGUCCCUCCCUUUCCAGGUGAAGAACCCAGGUCCUGAGGGGUGACUUGUCUAAGGCUGCUCCAGCCUUGAGUGCCAGUCUGUGUUUUACCAGCCAGGGCAAAGUGCCACCUGGAAGAGAUGUUCAGUGAGGUGGGAUCCAGGGCUAUAGGGAGAAUGCCAGUGUUUUGCUGAGGCUGGGUACGGUGCAGCCAGCUUUCUUCUGCAGUUUCUACUGAGCCUUCACUUGUGUCCCCUCGGGCCACUUCAUUAGCACCCAGCCUGUGGGCAGGUCCAGAGGGGAGUUGUGGGGACAGCGCAGAGUGAGAGGUGCUGUGCCCACUUUCUGGACCUCCUGCUGCUCAGGCAUCCCUCUGCGGGGGUGGUUAUUGAGGCUCUGGGUUGGGAGAGCACUGGACCAGAGUGAGUUAUGGUAGGCCAGCAGACAGUCGCCCCUCAAUGUGGGGCGCCCUGUGAAGAGGCACAGGCAAAGGUGGCACUGCCCAGGUCAGUGCCUGGUCCCAAGGAGAGCAGCAGGGUUUGGUUUUCUGUUUCAGGGUGAGACUAGUGGGUAUAGUCUGCAUGUAAACAAUGAAGAAACAUUCUUGUCCUUUUUCCCCAAAAAAUAAGUCACUAUUUUUUCUUAUGCUAUACAUGUUCAUUAUAAGAAGUAAUUUAAACAGUACUGAAAUACCAAGAAGAAAAUAAAAUUCACCCUAAAUCUAACCACUCCAUAAUCAUGACUGACUCUCAGCUGUUGGGCCUUCCAGCCUUUUAGCCCUUAAUGUGAACACAUAGAUCCCUAUUUUUCCAGUUACAAUAGCUAUUGUGUAUGGGCACAUACUAUAUGUCAGACCUUAUGCCAAGUGCAUGCUGGCAGCAGCUCCUCCUGCCUCAGGGCCUUUGUCCAGAUCAUCUGUUCCCCUGGCUACAGCAGACAUGAUUCUUCAGAAUUUUGGGUUUCAUCUUAAAUGUCAAGAGUCCUUUGUUAGUUGCAUCACACCCAGGACUUUCCCUUGAUUCCUUGUAUAGUUGUCUGCUUUUCACAUUUGUCUAAUGUCUGUUCUCUUCACUACUGGAAGCUCUCAGAGGGCGGGAACUGCCUCUUUUUGCCUGUCAGAGAUAUUCAAUAAAUAUCAUCAAAUGAA